AUGGUUACUUGUCUUCAUCAAACCUUCUAUCGAUCCAAUGCAACCCAAUUAUCAGAGUCUGAUAUUAAGGAAAUCAGAGAUUCAAGAGGAAAAAUACCAAAUGCAUCAAAGAAAAUGGCAGAAAAAUUUCAUAUUG